AUGAUAACUAUAGUUCCGAAUAUAAUAAAAUCAGUUUUUCAUGAAGGAUAACUUUUCUUUACGGCCAAGGACGUUUUUGAUAAGAAAUCAAAUGAACUAGCAUAAUUAAUUUGUUAAGUGGGUCAAUCUUUGGAACAAGUUGAAUACUUUAAUAAUAUACAGGAAGAUUUAUAUACGAAUGAACAGAAGCAACUGAUAAUGCAAUGCAAUGAUCAUUUACACUAAAGUGAAUCACUAUUACAAUCGUUGCCUUCCCAUCUUACUUUAAUAAACGGUUACUUUUACAGUAAGAGCAACAAUUAUAAGGAACUGGUGUAGAGCAUUGAAGAAUUGGUUCGGAUAAAUAAUCAACUACAUGAAUUGGAAUUGUAAUCAUUAGAGAUUCUAAAAACAGUAGUAAUUCCGAACUUCUCACGGAAAUAAUCAUUCCAGUGUACAUAAUUCUCAUUAUCAUUAGAAUCAAUCUACGAAAUACAAAUUGUGUUAAAACUUAAAGCCCCUAAACUUGUUAAAGAAAUAUUUGAUUAAUACCCCAGACAUCUGAAGAGUGAAUACAAAUUUAAAAUACAGAUGGAAGAUGCUGAAUCUCAUAAAAAUGUGUUCCAUUUUUAGAGAAUGUAAUUUCUAAAACUCUAAUAAAUGAUGAAGGAAGUUAAAAUAUAUACCUUAUCUAAAAAUAAGCACUGUAGUUUAGAAAUCAGAAAUUCCCUUCAAUAUUCGCAUUCCACUAAAAAUACUUUCAUUCCUGACACAAAAUUUAUAUCCUCUGAAAUCAUUUCAAUGGAAAAUUUAUAAUAAGAUUAAGAAAAUAAGUCCAAUUUAUUGAAAUUGUUUUUGGUAUAGAAUGGUUAGAAUGGGACUACAGUAAUUCGGAACUAAAGGACUCCUAUGCAUGUGGGGAUAGGUUAAGAGUGUGAAUUGUUCGAGAAGGACCAGAUAGUGAUUUUGUAGGAUUCCAAUCAGGACCCAUUAAUUUCAUAUGUAGUUUAAUUGAUUAUGAUUAAAUUAUGA